GGGAUUUAUCGAUCUGUUUAAAUUAUUCCUUGUCUGUAGCUUUAAAGUAGCAUUUGAUUUUCUGACUAAAUUUCAGACAAAUAAUAUUGGGUGGCAGAGAUUUUGGUGUACAUUUUUCAGUGAAUAAAGUGGUGGAAUUAUUUUUAUUUUGUAAAUAUAUACUUCAAUUUUAGAUGUAGUUCCGGACAACACCCUGGUCCUAUCAAUGCAAAUCUAUCAACCGAUUUCCAUGGGUCCGCCUACUGUGAACAUCACUCACCUCCAACCCCAACACCACUUAUUCCCCUAAUACCAAUUCAUCAUAUCCCACAACAACAACACCAAGAACGACUAAAACAGCAACAACAAAAAACUUGUACAACAAAUGAUUUCCCUCCUUCAUGUGAACUAUGUCAUAACACUUACGAAUCACAACAUCAUAUUUGUCAGGAGAAUAUUGAAUAUUUACAAAAUCAAUUGUUAGAUAUGAAGCAUCAACUGCAAUAUUGUCAAGAAAGAGAGAAAACUAAAGAACAAUUACUGGAAGAAAGUUACAAUACAACGAGACAACUUCAAGAAAGUGUUACAAACUUGUUCCAACAGGUUGGAGAACGGGAAAAUCUACUACAUAAGUUAAGCUUAGAAGUGAGCAAAUUGAAAAAUAAACAUGAGGAAGUGAUUUCACAGCGAGAUUCACUUCAAAACCAAACUAAAGAACUAGAAGAGCGCUGUCAUGAUCUACAGACAAAAUAUGAAAAUAAUGCACAUAGUUUGUCAACAAUGGUGAAGGAACGUGAUGACUUAUUGGCAAAAAUGAAAGCAGAACGUGAAAAUAUCGAACACAUCAGUGAUGAUCGGAAAAGACAAAUAAUGAAAAUGCUGAAAGAAACUUCAAGUGUACGUGAAAAGCUAGAUUUGCAGAUCGGUCGGUCAAUGCAACUGGAAGCAGAGUUAACUCGUCUUAAAUCAGUGAACGCACAGUUGGAAUCUGGCAUUCAAGAAAUGACCAAGCAAAGUCUGUCAAAUGCUCAAACAAGUGCAGCUGAAAUUCGUGCCUUACAGGAAGAAAAACUUUCAGCGUACAAUUCACAUCAAUUGGAAAUCAAUCAAAUGAAAAAAGAAUUAAAUCAGCUGAGUAGUGAAAAUACUGAGCUUAAAAAGGAAAUCAGUCGAUUGCAAAAUAAAACUAAUGAGCUGAAAGAUGAGAUUAUUCAAUAUAGAGAUAAUUUACAGAUUAAAACAAACAUACUGGAAGAAAAAGAGAAACAAAUUCAAUCGCUUACUCAUGAACUUGAAUCCUGUCAUCGGGAGUUAGAGACACAAAUCAACUCAGUUGGAUUGUUCAAAUCGGAGCAGAAAAUGAUUCAGAAUUCGUUUGAAGAAAAAAUAAAACAAUUAGAAAUUAUUGACAGUCAAAAGCAAAGAGAAGUUGAAAGUUUGUCGAUGGAUUUAGAUCAAGCUAAGGAACAAAUAAUGCAAGGUCGUAUAUCUCUCGAAAUAUUACAAGGUGAAUUAUCAUCUAGUCGUACAAUGUUGAUAAAGUCAAGAGAAGAAAUUGUUAAGCGAUCGCAUAAUGAAGAACAAUUGGAGAAAUCAGUACAGAAUUUAAAACUUGAACUUGAACAAACAAUUGUACAUAAAAAUGCUGCAGAAAUGGCCAGUAAAACAGCCAUCACUAAUUACCAAGAAUUAGAAACACAGUUGGAAUCUUACAAAACAUCGAAUACAACUAUACAAAGCCGUCUACAUGAAGUUGGAAAGAAUUUAGAUGAAACAAAAUUGAUCAAAUCACAACUAGAACAGAGAUUAAGCACUUUGACAGAACACUUACAAAUAGCGCAAAAACAAGUUGAAGAGAAGCAAGCACAAUUAAACCGCUCCGAUUCAAUAGUAAAUCGCAUGUCCAAAGAAUUUAAACGAACACAAAUGGCAAUUGAAGAAAGUGCACAGAAAGUAAACAACCUAUUCAAUCAAUUGAAAGCAACUCAAGAAAUGUUGACUAGGGCAAAUGAACAUUUAAAUGAAGUGGAAAGUAACAGAAAAUGUUUACAACAUGAAUUUGAAGAAUAUCGAAAUACUCACCAUACUCACGAUUCUGAAGUUCAGUCAAUGGAGGUUCAGGUCAACUUUCUACUAAGUGAACUUGGACAAAUGAACGAUUGCAUUACAGCAAAUCAAAAAGAACUGGCUGACGCAAAAUCAGAAUUAGAUUCACUAAGAAAACGAACUGACGAGUCUACACUUGAAAUACAGCGUUUAAACUCAACACUGAAUGAAAAACAAGUAAAGUUGGAUCAGUUAGAAAGACAAGUAUUCGAAAUGGAGAGUCAACUAAAAUCAUCUGACCAGUAUACCCAAUCAUUAAGUCUGACUAACAAUGACCUAAUGAACGAAUUACAAAAUCGAACCGGUGAAAUUGAAAAAUUGCAAAAUGAAAUCAAACAAAAUAUGGCGGGAAUUCAAAAUGCCGAAUUUACGAUACAAGAAUUAGAAUUCAGUGUUCAACAAUUAACUAAACAACUUGAACAAUCAGAACUUUUACGCUUGGAGGCAGAAAAAGCAAGCAAUCUUGCUGUUAGUGAAUCAGCUGCCAUUAAAAUAGAACUGGCUAAAAAAGAUGAACGAAUUAUGAAUUUACAGAAUAAUGGAGAGACAAUUGCUCAAAAGUUAAAAUCACUAGAACAGACAUCUAGUCAAACGGAACAAAUUAUCAAUAAAUAUAUUAACUCUGAGAUUGAAAAAGAUAGUAUAAUUCAACGACUUCAAACUGAAAUGGAACACACACGCCACCAGCUAAUUGAAAGUGAAACAGAACUACAAAGCAGGUCUUCACAAAUUAAAUCACUGGCACAUGAAUUAGAAGCUGCCAAAGCAGACCUGUCAGAAUGUACUCUACAAAGAAAUUCGGAAAAUCUUGCUCGUAAACGCCUCGAGUUAGAAGUGGUGGAUCUUCGGGAAAUGAAGCUUGCCUUUACGGAACAACUGGAAAAACAAGAACAAUUCAUUGAACGGUUACAGUCUGAGCUUGCUAAUGAACGUGAAAGAAACGAUAUCCUUAAUAAACUUAAAACGGAUAAGGAAAGAGAACUUCAUAGUAUUACGAAUGAAGUGGAUCAUCUAUAUCAACAAAACAAAGAACUUUCAAGUCGUUUGCUAGAACGUGAAUCGGCUUUAGAUUCAAUGUCACGUGAAUUGGAAUUAUUUACUUCAAGAUUAGAUACAACUUCAAAAAGUCUAACAGAAACUGAAGCAGAAUUGUUAGAAACAAAACAUAAAUAUGAAUUAUCCGAAGCUAAAGCCAAUAAGCAAAAAGACGAGCUGAAACAAUACGAAGUAACCUUAUCGAGUUUAGAGUCACGACUGCUUGAGAGCGAACGUCAGCUGACAAAAUGCGCUGGCCAAUAUAAUCAGUAUGACUCAGCUGACCGAAUUCAAUGUUCAAAUCUAACGGAAUUAGUGAAAGAUCUGAAACAACAGAUAACAGAAUAUAAAAAAGUUAACACUGUUUUAAGAACCGAAAGAGCUCAAUUACAGGAAACAGUAAAUCGUCUUGAAGGUGAAUUGGCUGCGCGGUCAGAUGCAUUACGCAAAGCAACAGUCGAUGUAACGCGUAUGAAAACGAAACACGAAACAGAAUUAAAGGAUAAAACAAACCAUCUCAAUGAAUCACUUUACCAAAUGGAAAACAAAUGGAAAGAAGCUUGUAAGAUGAUUGAAAAGCUAGAAAAAGAAUAUAAAGAUCAAGAAUUCAAACUUGUGAAAGCAUCAACGAAUAGUAAUGACGAAAACAAACUAUUAAAGCAGAAACUAGAUUCGGUAGAGUCGAAAAAUCGCAUAAUGCACAAUGAACUUGAAACAGUUAAAUUAUCAAGAGAAAAUUUACAAAAUGAAUAUAAUCAUAUCCAGGAUGAACUAGAUAAAUUAAGAACUAAACAUGAAAAUUCUGUGAAAGUUUCGACUGGUAUCCAAGCUACACAAGAAUUAACAAAUAACAGCACAAAUACGGAGAAAACUGAACAAGAUGAAACAGAAAGUUUACCAAAGCUUCAACUUUCAAGUAACAGAUCUAAACAGUAUUCAGAGCGAAAUAAAUUACGUCAGAUAUCACCUCCUCAUGAGUCUGCGAAAUUUACAAAUCCUGAUUUAGACAGUUCUGGUACAUUACCUGAUUCCAUAGAAUCCAGAGUGCAAGCACUCAAACAAGCUAAUCAGUAUUUAAGGAUGGAAGUGGAGAACGCAUGUAAAAUGAUCAAUUCAAGUGUUUUAAAUAGGAAUACAAUGGAAGAUGAAUUUCUAUCUAUGCCAAAAGUAAAGUAUUCCAAUUUAAUUCAGUUUGAUAUUGGAGAUCAUAAACACAAAGUUGAAUUUUUCAAUGAACCCGAUCACUACAUAAAGUAUGCAGAUGAAAGUUUGAUCGAGCAAGAAUCAAAAACUAUUUGGCUUGAACAAGCUGAAUCUAUUUCAAAGAAGUUUCAUGAUAGCAACAAUUACUGGUCAAAUAAAAUAGAAAAUUUUGAUAAACUAAAAUGUCCCAGUGGAGAUACCGUUCAAAAUACAGAGCAUCAAACACAUAUGUAUAGAACAAAUAUGAAUACUGACCGAAAAGUGAAGCAGCUCCGCACCAGUGAUUCUAACACUGGUGUUAAUAAUGGUACUGGUCGGAGUAAAUUAACAAGACUUGAACCAACAGAAUACGAUUUAAAAUCUGGUGAUAAACUGAUUAAAAUUACUAAUAUGUCUAAAACUAAUUCAGUCCCAGUAAAACAAAUAUCGACAUAUCGCAGUUCAAGAAUAAAAUAA